UGACGAGAGGAGUACUGCGUAGCUAUCUAAGUAAGGUAGCAUCUGCGACGGAACCGCUCCUCCUCCCUCCUUCCUCUGAAUCCUGUUGCCUCCCUGCUAGACGUGCCCCAACAACAUGGGUGCUCACGAUGCCUACUACCCGUUCGUGAUCGCCUUCCUGGUACUUAAUUCAACCGUUGUCGCCUUGCGCCUGUACACGCGUGUGGGUGCUCGAAGUCACUAGGUUACGACGAUGUGCGUGCUGGGGCUCGCUCUGAUGUAUCCGUCACUCCGUCUUGGACUCGGGCUCCGACUCAUGCUGACUUCCAUUACAAGCCGGUUUCAUCACUUUAGCGCCUUCGAGAUGCAGGCAGUGCAUUACCGGAUCGGCGCCACCGUCGUGGAGCCGAUGUUUGACGCGGUGCUGGCGGCUAAGGUGAGUCGAAGUCUCAGAUGGCUCCGCCCCGGGGGGUGCGGAGCGCUACUCACACCCGUCACGAUGACAAGGCUACACGAGGAAACGGAGAUGAAGUGGUAGGUAGGAGGAGCUAGGCGGGCACAACUAUAUCUCCCCGUGGAUGUUAUAGAGGCC